CUGUUGAGGGAGGGGGGAGGGGGGACACAGAGGGAGGAAGAAGCGGCGGCGGCGGCUCCUCUUUGCAGAGGGGGAAAACUCCGAGGGAUAAGAGCAGGAAUCAUGCGGUAGGCAAGGCGGGCUGCUCGCUCCCGGCUCCCGGCUCCGGCAGCAGCAGCGGCAGCACCCCCAGCAGCUGACAGCCCCGCCGGCAGGCUCCCUCGCUGACCGCCGACUGUCAAUGGAGCUGGAAAACAUCGUGGCCAACACGGUCUUGCUGAAAGCCAGGGAAGGGGGUGGAGGAAAGCGCAAGGGGAAAAGCAAGAAGUGGAAGGAAAUCCUGAAGUUUCCUCACAUUAGCCAGUGUGAAGACCUCCGAAGGACCAUAGACAGAGAUUACUGCAGUUUAUGUGACAAGCAGCCAAUUGGGAGACUGCUUUUCCGGCAGUUCUGCGAAACCAGACCUGGGCUAGAGUGUUACAUUCAGUUCCUGGACUCAGUGGCAGAAUAUGAAGUUACUCCAGAUGAAAAGCUGGGGGAAAAAGGGAAGGAAAUUAUGACCAAGUACCUCACCCCAAAGUCCCCAGUUUUCAUUGCCCAAGUUGGCCAGGACCUGGUCUCCCAGACGGAGGAGAAGCUCUUACAGAGGCCCUGCAAGGAACUCUUUUCUGCCUGUGCACAGUCUGUCCACGACUACCUGAAGGGAGAGCCCUUCCAUGAGUAUCUGGACAGUAUGUAUUUUGAUCGCUUUCUCCAGUGGAAGUGGUUGGAAAGGCAACCGGUCACCAAAAACACUUUCAGGCAGUACCGAGUACUAGGAAAAGGGGGCUUUGGGGAGGUCUGCGCCUGCCAGGUUCGGGCCACGGGUAAAAUGUAUGCCUGCAAGCGCUUGGAGAAGAAGAGGAUCAAAAAGAGGAAAGGGGAGUCCAUGGCACUCAACGAGAAGCAGAUCCUAGAGAAGGUCAACAGCCAGUUUGUGGUCAACCUGGCCUAUGCCUACGAGACCAAGGAUGCGCUGUGCUUGGUUCUGACCAUCAUGAAUGGGGGUGACCUGAAGUUCCACAUUUACAACAUGGGUAACCCUGGCUUUGAGGAGGAGCGAGCCUUGUUUUAUGCGGCAGAGAUCCUCUGUGGCUUAGAAGACCUCCACCGGGAGAACACUGUGUACAGAGAUUUGAAACCCGAAAAUAUCCUGCUCGAUGAUUAUGGCCACAUUCGGAUCUCGGACCUGGGUCUGGCCGUGAAGAUCCCCGAGGGAGACCUGAUCCGCGGCCGGGUGGGCACCGUCGGCUACAUGGCUCCGGAGGUCCUGAACAACCAGAGAUACGGCCUGAGCCCUGACUACUGGGGUCUGGGCUGCCUCAUCUAUGAGAUGAUCGAGGGCCAGUCGCCAUUCCGGGGCCGCAAAGAGAAGGUGAAGCGGGAAGAAGUGGACCGCCGGGUCCUGGAGACGGAGGAGGUGUACUCCCAAAAGUUCUCCGAGGAGGCCAAGUCCAUCUGCAAAAUGCUGCUCACCAAAGAUGCAAAGCAGAGACUGGGCUGCCGGGAGGAGGGGGCCGUGGAGGUCAAGAGACACCCCUUCUUCAGGAACAUGAAUUUCAAGCGCUUAGAAGCCGGGAUGUUGGACCCUCCCUUCAUUCCAGACCCCCGUGCCGUGUACUGCAAGGACGUGCUGGACAUCGAGCAGUUCUCCACCGUGAAAGGCGUCAACCUGGACCACACGGACGAUGACUUCUACUCCAAGUUCUCCACGGGCUCCGUGCCCAUCCCAUGGCAGAGCGAGAUGAUAGAAACCGAGUGCUUUAAGGAGCUGAACGUGUUUGGACCUCACGGUACCCUCUCGCCGGACCUGAACAGAAGUCACCCUCCGGAACCGCCGAAGAAAGGGCUGCUUCAGAGAAUCUUCAAGCGUCAGCAUCAAAACAAUUCCAAGAGUUCACCCAAUCCCAAGACCAGUUUUAACCACCACAUAAAUUCAAACCAUGUCAGUUCAAACUCCACCGGCAGCAGCUAGUUGGCGCUCUGGCCUUGAAGUCCGCGGUGGGACCAGCGUGGACCCUUAUCCUUCGCAGCAGAACUUGCGGACGGGGGGCCCUCCAGGAGCCAGGAAGGAGGCUGGCCGCCUCCUCGACGCAGAGCCUCCAGGUUUCUCAAAGAGAUUUCCACUCAGGUCUGUCUCCAGAGGUGGCCCUCCAGCCGACGUGGAACAUUGCAAUAGAAAUCCAAUUGGAUACGACAACUUGCACGUAUUUUAAUAGCGUCAUACCUAGAACUGAAUUUUGUCUUUAUUAUUUUUAAAGAAAAGUUUUGUAAAUUUCUCUAUUGUCUCAGUUUACAUUUUGUAUAUUUGUAUUUAAAUGAAAGUCAGACUUUGAGGGUGUAUAUUUUCUGUGCAGCCACUGUUAAGCCAUGUGUUUUAAGGCAUUUUAGAGUGGGCGGGGUGGGGGGGGGAUUUACAAAAAAAAAAAAAAAAAGUGACUCAAGACUUCCAGAGCCUCAAAUGAGAAAAUGUUUUUAUUAAAUGUAGAAAAUGAUUCACAUUUCACCUUUAAAGGGUUGGUUGUAUCCAUCUCUGUAACCUUUCCCUCACACUGAUGUCACCAUGCUGUUGGCUUGUAACAACCUGAAUUAAGUGCUCCAGACACACCUGGGACCUCAGCCCCGGUCAGAACAUCCUCCGUGGGGUCUCUGGAGCCUCCUAGGGCCAAUGCCAGCGUUUCCUUUAGAGGCACGCGGUGUCCGCGUUGCUUUGGCCUUGGCCUCCUCUUCCUUCUGGAAGGCGGCCGGUACGCAGAGCUGGGCCUCUUUCUUUCUAAGCAGGUUCUAACUGCUAAAGCCUGUAUGUUUUCAAGAGGCUUGCAUUUGGGGAUUUUUGUUUUACUCUUAUUUUUUAAGGGUUGUGUCACGAUGAUAAGGAGUAGUCAUGGAACCCCAGCUAUCCCAAAUCCUGUGGCCUGAGGAAGCCUCAGGGAGUGGGGGUCAGUGGAGUCCUACCGAAUGAGUCCGUAGAGGGGGAGGGAGGCUUGCCCAGGGGCUCCAGGCACGUUCCUCAAGUGUUUACGGGGUCACAGGGUCUGGAGAGAGCUUCACAAGGCCCCGCAGAUACCCCGGCCCAGGUGGCAUGGGUGGGGUUGGCUCUCCACACAAUGGCAUGGCUAAGGAGAGGGCCGGGAUACCACGGAAGCUCAAGACAAACCCCCUGUCACUUCUUGGGAGAGGUGGGACCAAGAUGCUCUAACGGGGCAUCUCAAAACUUCAGGCUCAGGUCGCCCCCAGGAGGACCCGGUGGCUUUGCCAGGCCAGGGUCUUCCAAGGGCAGUCCCCAGGCCCUUUGAGCCCCUGGCCGCCUCCUGUUGCCGCUGAAAAGUGACAAGGAGCAAAUCCACCCUCGCCUCCCCCCUGCCCCAGAACAGGGGGAGUGGUUGACACCCCUGCUCCCCUGCCUGGCUGAGUCCCUGGCGACCGAGUCAGCCUCACUCAGACGUGGUGUCAGCCACCCGGCAGUUGCCAGGGUUCCUCCCAGUGUGGGUCCAGCGCUACCUACAGGCGGCUCCGGUCAAAAUGCGGAUUCCUGGGCCCCACCCCAAACCUAUGGAAUGGAUUCUCUGGGAGUAGGGCCCAGGAAUCUGCAUCUUUAAGAAGCUCUCCAGAACAUUCUAACACGCCCUCAAGAAAGGGCACUGCUGCCUUAGCUUCAGCGGGGCUUCGGACGCGACUCUCCCAAAACGAUUACUGCGAGCCGGGCCGCUUGGAGCGUGAGCUUGGACGGAGGAGAGGUAGUGGGCAUGGCCGCCUCUGUCCAGUGUCCGUGCUCCUCUGUCAGACUGGGCCAGUGGGUCCUGGAGCGCACUGCCGGAGAGGGGGUGGCCUCUGGGACUGAUCGUUUUAGGUCACUUGACAAACAAAUGGCAGAGCAGUUGGGCCGCCCUGGGAUCCCUCCAACGUGCAGUAUUCUUUUCUUCAAGACCAGCCCCGGCCUCACGAGGCUGCUUCUGGCACCUUUCCGGGGCUGCGUACCAGAUAAAUGCAAACAGCCAUACUCCGUUUUCGCCAACGAAGUGGAAAGCUCCUUGACCAGUAUUUUAAGAUCCUCAAGCUCUUGCUGACCCUCCUUUCUCAAUGGAAAGGACAGUCAUUUUCCUGGGACAGUCGCCAGCCCAAGCUCCCACCCUCCGUCCUUCCUUUUGCCCAAUUCACAGCAACCCCCUGCUUCCCGAAUGACUGGUGUUGAGAAGCCUCCGAGCCCCACACUGGCCGACCACAGCACAGAAUCCUCACGGAGCAAGGAGGACAACAUGCACCUGCCCCAGGUGUUUCUGCAUCCCAGCAGCUCCAACGAGGCUAACACACAGGCCUCUGUGGGCCUCUUAAGAGGACUGGAGUCUUCCUUCGUGUUUGCAGCCUGUCCCCACCGAGGGCCCCCAGGAUGGGGUGCCAGAGCCACCGCCUCUCUGUUCCCUCCCGUUCCUUUUGACCCUCCGUUUCCUGCAAGAGAAGGGAAGUCAUUAUUUAAAACAAUGCCUGAAAAUCAGCCCUCCUGUCCACCAAGUCCCCCAGUCCCCGAGUCACUGAAGGUCCUGCCCCCCACCCCCAGCUUCUCCUCCAACUUGUUUUCUAUAGCUGCAUUUUUUAAAGAUAUUUUUAAAUUAGGGAAAAAAAAAAAACAAACCCCACCUUCCUCCCCAUCCCCUUGCCUGGGAUGAGGUGUGUUUGGUCAGUGAAUGGAUGUUUUUUUUUUUUUUUUCCCAACAUUUGAGCUCUUCACGGAAGGGCCUCUCUUUCUCCAAGCAUGACAUUUUCCUCGCCGGACGUUCUCUGACCUUGUGCCUUUGAGAUGAGACGCAGGGCCCUGCAGAAACUUCUCUGCUUCCACUUCCCAGGAGACAAGCUGCUGUCACCCCACUGUCACCCCAGUGGGACAGGGGUGAUCCCUGCCACGAGCACCACGACUGACAAAGGUUUAUCGAGCCGCCUCGGGGGUGGGGGAGCUCCCAUAACAUCACCCACAAUAUCACCAAGGCCUGAGCCCUGCCUUCAGGGGAAUGCUACCCCAUCCUGUAUCACUCAUUCCCGACUCUUUCUAGGCUGGGAACAUGGCUUUCUAAACCGCGUGCUUCUGAGGGCUGCUCACUUGCACAGUUGCUAAGCGUUGCUGUGUCUCCAGUGGCCCCAGAAGGGCUCGUUCCCUGAAAUGCGCUGCUCUUAGCAAACCUCAGUCUUGGAGGGGCGAGCCGUGUGGAGAGCAGGGUACCCGGGUUUUACGCACGCUCGACGGGCAGCCCGCCACGACACAUGGUGGGGAGUUCUGGGGACACGUGUGGACGCCACCUUGGCAUCGAAGGCACCACAGGAUGCGGCCACCCGCCCGGGAGUGCAGCGAGCCCCGACGACGCGGAGGGCAUGCCCCAGAGCAGCCGGGGUCUCCACACCUCCCAAGGAGCCCUGCCCACUGUCGAAGCUCCUCAUCGCUCUUCCACACCCCGUCCUUCCCUGAAAGGCUUGGGGCAUCGGCUUCCCACCGACUCUCCCAAGUGAGCCCCUGACCCAGACCUCACUUCGGAGGGAGCACCGCAACCUCCUUGCUCCUGGCCUCCCAGGCCUGGCCAAAGGGACCGGCAGCCUCGCGGACAGCCAGGAUCACCCGCCCCAGAUGAAGAGGAAGUGCCCCUUGGGGGACAUCAGCCCUCCUCUUGGGCUGCUGCAUGCUCCCAUGUCGGCGUGAGCACCUGCACCUUCCGAGGACAAGCUCUUGCGUGGUGUCCUGUCCUCCUAGCGCCACCCUCGGAGACAGGACCUCCUAACUUUACAGCCUGUUUGGAAAGAGAACGAGUGUGACCUCGCUGUGCAUGUUGAAGCAACAGAGCUGAGUCACGACCAGCAGAGAGCUCACUUCUUUCUGUCACAAGGGACCAGGACAGGGCGGCCUCGUCGUCCCCUGUGACCCCUCCCCCGUCGCCUUUGGAAGGCCAGAGUGUGCGGGUCAGAACCUGCUCCCUGCGGGCCGGGGUUCUCCGCUGGUCUCGUGCUGGGGACAGUGGUUAAAACAUUUGAAAAGCUAGCUCUCCCCGGGGACGGAAAGACGCUUCCUAAAAGAAGAAUCUGGAUGUCUUUCUCCAGUCCGUCAAUAAAUCAUUUUUGUAAUAGAUCAAAAGCAAAUGUUCUCAAGUCGAAGAGCUUAGUGGCUAUUGGUAGUGUUAAAAUAAUAAUCCUUCUAGUAUCCAAAGGUUUCUGGUUUUUUUUUUCAGGGAAAUUUUCACAUUGAUGAUGAAAGAAAAUAGUUCCGUUUUGGAGGUCCUUCCUGAAGAUAAAGGCUUUUGUUCUGCUGCUCUGAAUCUGUGUACGUUCCGUCUAAGAGGUCACUCUGCUGCUGUAUCUAGAUGGAACCACUGGUGGUGUUUUUUAAGAGAAAUAAAUUCCUUAAUGAAAAUA